AUGCCUCGCCAAAUCUUCAAGAAUCGCAUCCUCGCUGCGGCCGGUCCUCUUCCAGGCCAAUUAACUGUCGACAAUCUCAAACAUUGGACUCGGAUUCGCAAGGGGGAGUUCACCGAGGCUUUUGAUGAGGACGCCACGCAUCUCUUGUGCACCCGAGAGCAGUUCAACAAGAGAGUCCCCCGAGUCAAAGACGCUCUCAAGCGUGGCAAACGCUUCCACAUCGUCCACUAUGACUGGUUCGAGUUCUCGACGGUCCAUGACAAGAGGCAGCCAGAAACGGAGUAUUCGAUGCGAAACAUCCUCGCGAAGCAGAAUGCAUCCAAAAGAGAGCAAGCGAGGAUUGAGAAAGGGAAGAGAAACGGCGAGAAGUUCGUCAAUACCAACUUCUUUCACAUUUACAUUGAUCGAGACUUCUUUCCUUACCAAAUUGAACUGACCCGCGAUGAUGAAGUUGCUGGAGAAUUCGGGCAAAAAUACACCCUUUGUACAAAGCUGUGGGAGUCUGACGCGAAACCGCGGCUCUACUGGUUCACAGCCAAGUUUCUGAAGAAAAGGGGCAAUAGCCAACCCAGCUACCACCGACCCAGUCCAUGUUCUGGAAAGUGGCGCGCCGAGAUGGACUUAUUCAUGGAGUUUUUUCGGAUUAAGACGGGGGUUGACUGGGAGGAUCGUGUUAUCAAGAUGGAAACGAUGCCGACCUCGUUCUUCCAGUAUGCUCCGCCAGCAGGCGGCAAACCAGUUGGGCGACGUCUUCGCUUUGACUACGACUACUGCCGCGAGGUCAAUGCAGAACUUCGAGGGCUUCCGUGGCCACCUCUAGAGACAGCACCCAUUGAAGAGAAGCCUCUCGAUGCUGGUCCCUUGACACCCAAUACCGACAACGAAAAUGACCUUCCAGGGGGCGGAGGAGUGGACAAUCUUCAGCAAGCUUCAGAGGUUCAUGAUGAAACUCAGAGCGCAAGCCCUGUUCUUGGCGAGGACUCGGAAUUAAUGUCGCAAGACACCUCUGUGACUAAUUCUGAAGGCAGUGUCAUCGACAUUCUUUCUCCCACCAUGUCCCAGGCGUUCUCACCCAACGAGUCCACUUGCACGCCACCAGGGGACGCUGAAUGCGACGAUCAGGAUAUCCCAGCUCUGGAGGGUUCCGGGCCUUCGAUAUCCCCUGCGAUACAGUUCCAGAUGGAGGAAUCACUUUCCAACGCGGAGCUCAUGGAGGUGAUAGAGGCGAUGGACUAAGGAUUGGAGGUGGCCACUGUUGAGGUGGGUGAAAUUCAGGUAUCCGGCUUAUUGCUAGAAGCACAUCUGAUCUUCAGGGUCGCGACCGCAGGCCACACGCUCCGUUCGCCUCUCAGGAUCCAAUAAUUCAGAGUUUCACGAGUAGGUGAAUCAUAACACAUGCCAAUUUCCCAGCUGCCACCUCAGGAACUAGUCCCAUUAAGACAAC